GUGUGAGUGGAAAUGGUUCCACUGUAAACGGUGAAUGUAGAGUGUUCAGCUUGGUUCCUGCUUUGCCGUAUCUGGAUAUUGUUGUGGAUAUUACUGACUGUUUUCAGAAUGUCUUCGUAUCAUUUGAGCACACGGGAGCGGCUAUUAGCUAUCGUAAGCGAUAUUGAAAUCGUUGCCAAGGAACUGAUUGAAAACACAAUUGCUCCGAAGGCACAGAAAAUGUCAAGUGCUGACCACUCGCAGCUGGUAGAGCUACUAGUGCUGAAGGACAAGGAACUAAAGUCGACUUUACAGUUAGCUGCCGACCAGGCCGGGAUUGAGCGAAAGAUGGACGCUUUGCGGGAGCAGGUACGGAAGCAGGACGAGGAGAUCAACCAGUUACAAAAGCAGCUAAAGGAAGCGGAGCAGAUACUGGCCACGUCGAUUUUCCAGGCCCGACAAAAGCUGGCUAGCAUUUCUAAGGCCAACAAGCGACCUGUGUCGUCAGAGGAGCUGAUUAAGUUCGCACACCGCAUCAGUGCUUCACAUGCCAUCUGUGCGCCGCUCACCUGGCAACAGGGCGAUCUUCGGCGACCAUACCCAACAGAUAUCGAGAUGCGGCUCGGGUUUCUCGGUAAGUCCGACCUCAAUAUCAAUGGCCACAACCUGCAGCAUCCCAACAGCCUCAACGAAAUGCAUCGAAACACGUCGAGCGUGACUAACGCGGGCGGUUGUGCCGGUGGCAGCACCGGAGGAGAGAUUCCUGCUUCUGCACAGAACCAGUUCGCGUGGCAUCCAUCUGGUGAGCUGCACAUGUCGAUGGGAUCUGGCGGCGGCUCAGUUUCGCUGGAUACCCGACCACACAAGGACGCGUCGCAGGACGAUGUCGAGGUGAUGUCCACGGAAAGCUCCAGCUCCAGCUCAAGCGACUCACAGUGAGGGCCGCAAGUAACGGUGCUGAACUGUAUAGGAUUAAUUUUUGCUAUGUAAUGUUAACUGAACUU